AUGAACUCCUCAAAAUAUAGAAAUUAUAUAUAUGGGGAAGAAAAAUAUCCUCAAUAUAUGAAUAAAAAAAUAUAUGUGAAUGCACCGUUAGAUUCUUAUCAUCACAUAUAUAAUAAUAAAUAUAAUAACACAAGACAUGGAGUAAUACAUAAUAGAAAUAUUGACUAUGAUAACAUACUUAUGUCAAAUAAUGGAAUUUGUUUUCCUAAUCAUUAUAAUAUGAAUGUUAUUAAGAAGAAUAAUAUAGAAUAUAAAAAUAAUUUAACAUCUGAAAAGAAGCGAUAUAAUAAUAGGAACAAGAGUUAUAAUAAUAUACGUGAGAUGUAUCUUUAUCCUUCAAGAAUAGAAAAAUGUCGUAAAGAUAAUUUAAAUCAUAUUUGUCGUGACAAAAAAAAAAAUAGAUAUACUUUUCACAUUGGUAAUAAUAAAAAUAAUUUUGAAUUAGGUUCUAAUUAUAAAGGAAUACAUAAUAAUCAUCCUAGAUUUGCGCAAAAAAAUAUGGAUGAAAAUAACAAAGAUACUAAAUGUAUAUCAAUAAAAACUGUCAUAAAUAAACCUAAUGUAACCAAAAUACCAUGCAUUAACUAUGAUACUAAAAAUUAUAAUAUUAAAUUAGGUUGGUGGAACUUUGGAAAACCAUUAAAAAUAUUUUCUAAUAUUGAAAAGUAUAAACAAAAUAUAAAAGAAAAAUAUUAUGAAAAUAGAAAAUUCUGUAAAAAUAUAUCAUCAACAAAUUCAUUAAAUAAAUAUUCCAAUAAAUUCUUAUGUAAUGAAUAUUUUUAUAUUCCAAUCACAAAUACAAAUUAUUUUAAAAAUAAAUCUUUGCUAAACAAAAAUUGUAAGAGCUAUCCUGUAAGUGAUUUUCAUAAGGUAAAUUUGAGACCAAUAACAGGAUUUAUACAAUCAUAUAAAAAAGAAAAAGAAAAGAAAAAAAAUCUACAACAAGCCAUUAUAAAAAUAUCCAAAGUUCCAUAUGUUAUUAAUGAUUAUAAAAAAAAAAUGUAUCAACAUAAACAUAUGGAAAAUAUAAAAGAAUUAAAUAAAAAACAAAUGAAAUUUGAUAUGACAAAAAAUAUAUAUGAUAAUCCUAAUUUAGAUAAUACAUGUGGUUUUAUGGCUACAAUUUCAAGUAAAUAUAAUGAAGAAAAUAACUCAAAAGGAGUUAUCAUUACAUGUCAACAAAAUAACAUAAAAAAAAAAAAAAAGUAUUAUAUGAAUCAUAAAAAAAAGGAUAAUACAAUAAAAGGUAACAAACACGUAAAUAUUAAAUUGAACAAUAAUACAUUUGACAAAUAUAAAGAAAAUGGACAUACAUCUCAUCUUAUUAGAGAUGUAAUAACAACAUAUAGAAAAAAAAAACAAAAAAAAAAAAAAAAAAAAUAUCAUUUGGGAAAUAAUACAUUCGAAAAAAAAAAAAAAAGUCAUUUGGGAUAUAAUACGUUCGAAAAAAAAAAAAAAAGUCAUUUGGGAAAUAAUACAUUCGAAAAAAAAAAUCAUAAGAAUACAAAUUUAGAUAAUGUCAAGAAAUAUAAAAUUUACUCAACCUACUCAGAAGAGUCAGGAAAAUAUCACAUUACAAGUGAAUCGAAAAUAUCAAAUGAGUCUUUAGAUAAUAUACAUAAAGAAGAACAAUUAUAUCAUACAUAUAAAAAACCAAAUAAUAAAUAUAUGAUUAAUGAACCGAUAAAAAGAUAUAGAAUGAAAAUUAAAACACAUAAAAAAAACCAAAGCAAUGAAGAAAAUGGAAAGUAUAAUGAAAAUAGAAAAUCCAGCUACGAAUCAUCCUAUUAUGAUAAAAAAUAUGUUAUGAAAUGUAAAGAAAUAAAAAACAAUCAAAAGAAUAAGUCAUAUAGUAUAUCAUCCUUAAGUAGUCAAGUCUCAUUAAACCAACAAACAAACAAAAAAAUAGAUCAUGUUAAAAAUAUUCAUCAUAAAAUAAAACCAACGAAUUGUCAUAAAUAUAAUAAAUAUCAUGAGUAUCAUAAAUAUAAUAAACAUGAUAAUACAUUAAAAACGUAUAGCAAUAUAAAUGAUCUCCAAAAAGUAAAGCGUCAUGCUGAACAUAAUAUAGAAAGUGAUCAUAAUUCAUAUACAAAUAGUUUAUAUCAAUCUAAUUAUUUAAAUAAAGAGGAUGUAUAUGAUCAUAAACAGAAUGAAUUACAUCAAAAAGUACCAUCCAGAAUUUACGAUGACAAUUAUAAUAUAGAUGACGAUUCAAAAUAUUUUUCGGACGAUAAAAUUUUAAAGGAUAAUCAUAGGUAUAAAUUUUAUUGCGAUGAAAAUUAUUCAUGUCAAAAGAAUCAUAAAUAUGAUUCUAAUAAAUUAAAAGGUUAUGGAUAUAAUUAUAAAAAUGUUGAAAAAAAUAGUCCAAAUUAUAAUUUUUAUCGAAAUAACAAAUUAAAAAAUAAUAAAAUACAUGAGAGUAAUUUGUUAGAAAAGGAAUAUGAUGAAUAUUUUCAUGAUAAAUAUUAA